AUGGAGAAGCUGACGGAGAAAGACAAGGAGCUGAUCCGAGGCAGCUGGGAGAGUCUUGGCAAGAACAAAGUUCCACACGGAGUCAUCAUGUUCUCCAGGUACAGUUAUGAGUUAAACCGUUUUAUUUGAGGAGUUAGGAGAAGUUGUAAUAUUGCUUGUCAUACUGUAUUAUCUAUUCAGAUAUGCAACACUAUACUUUAUAACCAGUGUUUCCCCUAUAUUCAACUCUGCUACCUCUGCUGAAAAAAAUCCUAGGGAAACACUGAUAACUAUACUAUGCAUGUGUUCCUCUAUGAAGAUUUCAUGGUUAUUAGUAUAUCAGCCUUUACUGUUUGUGGACCAAAACAGAGUGUUUGUUGAUAUCUGCAGCAUUUUUUUGUAAGAAAGUUUACUGAAACCUAACCAUUGACUACAUUUGCAGUUAUAUACAAUGCAAAAAUGCCAGUAUAGUGCAAAGAUACUGUAAAUAAUGUAGUUGCCAUAGUAAACAGUACUUGUGUACUUAGAGAGAAAAAUACACUUAACCAACAUAGAUACUGCAUCACACACUCCCUAUACCGGGACUGGAGGCUUGACUUGUUGCUUGGCGACAGGCUGCAAUACUCUUUAUUUUGAAACAGCUGCUGCUAAAACAGACGCUAGAGAAGAACUGUUGUUGACUGUUCUAUUUUCUUUAACCAGACAUUAAAAUCGUACCUAUUGUGGCAUUCGAGUGACUUAUGACUACAUGUAUCUAUCGGCACCUAUAGUAAUGAGUUGUGUUUUAUGUCUGUGCAGACUGUUUGAACUAGAGCCUGCACUCCUCAACCUCUUCCACUACAACACAAACUGUAGCCCCACACAAGACUGCCUCUCCAGCCCUGAGUUCCUGGACCAUGUCACAAAGGUAAUCCUGUGUAGCCCAUCACCAUUAAAACUGACAUCUAAAUGGCUGAUUCUUGGAAACAAAUCCACGGCAAUAACCUCUUGCUGCAUGUUGGUGAAUGUGCACAUUUCUUUGUGUAUGUGUGUGUAUGUGUGUGUUUGUGCGUACAUGAUUGUGUGUGUAUGUGUGCGUAUGUGUCCAGGUAAUGCUGGUGAUCGAUGCAGCAGUCAGUCACUUGGAUGACCUCCAUACCUUGGAGGAUUUUCUGCUCAACCUGGGGAAGAAGCACCAGGCAGUCGGGGUUAACACCCAGUCCUUCGUUGUAAGACUACUGUCACUCUGAUCACUCACUGUAAUACACUGCUGUCAUACUGUGUGUACUGUACACUAUACUACUACACUACACUGUAAAAAAAUAAAUGUUGAUUUAACGUACAAUUGUAAGUUGGGGUCAAUUCCAGUUUCAUUUGAAAUUCCAAUAAAAUUCUUGAAUUAACUCAUGAAGUGGAGAAUUCAUGUUGAAUUCAAUUCAAAUUUCAACAAUCUUCAAGUUAUGGAAUUGGAAUUGAAUUGGAAUUAGACUGUUUGGACUGUUUGAAUUGGAAUUGGAAUUGUAAAAACAUUUAAUCUUUGGAAAUGAAUUGGAAUUCAAUAUUUGUACAUUUCCCAGUUAUUGGAAUUAUUGCACUUUGUAUAAAACAUUUACUACAGGAUUUGUUUUAAAUCAUUUCAAGUUCUAUCUCUAUAUUUCAAGUAUAACCAGGCUGUCUGGACAGUGACCUGAUCAGCCUGAAAGUCUGAGAGAAUUUAAUUCAAAUUGGACUUUGUGGAAAUGUUGGGGAUCAUAUUGAAUUGGGAAUUUAAUUAUUGGAAUUUACCUAACAUUAGAAUUGAGAAGAAUUGAGUUAUCUCUGAAUUCAAAGACUGACCUGGAAUUAGAAUUGAAUUAAAUGGAAUAUACAGGGAGAGGAAAUUGAAUUAGAAUUGAAUUAGUGGAAUUAACCCCAACCCUGAUUGUAAGACAACCAGCUGCAAUAAGAUUGUGAGUUUGCUCAACAAAAAUGUUGUUGAGCAAACUCACAACAAAAAGUUUGUGUGUGAACAUUUUGUUGAGCAAACUCACAAUCCUAUUGAAGCUGUUUGCCUUACAACUGUACAUUGAAAUCAACAUAUUUUUUUACUGUGUACUUUUAAGAAACAAAACUUGCAACAAUUUAUAAAUGUAGGCCAAUAUUCAUAAUAUCUGCGUGCGUGUGUAUGUUGCAGGUGGUGGGGGAGUCCCUUCUCUACAUGUUGCAGUGUAGUCUGGGUCAGGGGUACACUGCCCCACUGCGUCAGGCCUGGCUCAACAUGUACUCCAUCGUAGUGGCGGCCAUGAGCAGAGGGUGGGCCAAGAACGGGGAACACAAGACUGACUGA